CGGGGUGGGCCGGGCCGGGCGGAGCGGAGCGGGGGGCGGUGUAACUGAGCGGAGCCGAGACGGGUUUAUGGCACCGUGCGGGUGGGGGUCGGCACCCGGGUGAGUGGGGGCUGUGUAAGGGUUGAGGCUCGCGCAGCGCCUCGGGACCUUCCCCCGGCAGAAGGAAGCAGUGAGGCGGCCACAAGAUGAUCGAGACGCUCGUGAGCAGCGAUGCCCGCGCGCUGCUGUACCAACUCACAGCUCUGCUGGAGCAGGAGGUGCGGUGUCAGCCGAAAGGUUCGGGCCUGAGGUUGAUCGAGGCUGCCCAUGAUAACGGGCUCCGAAUGACCGCCAGGCUGCGAGACUUUGAAGUGAAGGAUCUGCUCAGCUUAACUCAGUUUUUCGGCUUCCACACGGAGACCUUCUCGCUGGCUGUCAACUUCUUAGAUAGAUUCUUGUCCAAAAUGAAGGUACAGCCUAAACACUUGGGCUGUGUUGGAUUGAGCUGCUUCUACCUGGCUGUGAAGGCGACAGAAGAAGAGAGAAAUGUUCCCUUAGCCACCGACUUAAUUCGAAUAAGCCAGUAUAGGUUCACUGUUUCUGAUAUGAUGAGAAUGGAGAAAAUCGUAUUGGAGAAGCUGUCUUGGAAAGUCAAAGCAACAACAGCCUUCCAGUUUCUACAGCUUUAUCACUCGCUCAUUCAUGAGAAUUUAAGCUGUGAAAGGAAGAGAUACCUUAAUUUUGAGAGACUUGAGACCCAGCUUAAGGCAUGUCACUGCAGAAUCAUGUUUUCUAAAGCUAAGCCUUCUGUCUUAGCACUGUCUAUUCUGGCACUAGAGAUAGAAGAACAAAAACUACUGGAAUUGACAGAGGCACUGGAAUUUCUGCAGUUGCAGUCCAAGAUAAACAACAGAGAUUUGACCUUCUGGAAGGAGUUGGUGUUGAAGUGCCUUACAGAAUAUUCCUCGAGCAAGUGUUCCAAACCAAAUGUCCAGAAAUUAAAAUGGAUCGUGUCUGGACGUACAGCACGGCAGCUUAAACAUAGCUAUUAUAGAAUAACACACCUUCCUACAAUUCCAGAAACCAGCUCGUAAUAGGAGUACAAUAAAAGGAGAGAAGCAGCCUGAAAACUGUUCAUAGACAGAUGAAGAUUUGAGAAACAACUUAAAAGUGAAGAACUUGACUCUGCAAGAAUACCGAAUAUAAGAAUACAACUGGUAGCAGUUCAGACUAGAAUUCCUUGCAGCAAAUGUUCUUUUCCAUGAUGACUACGAUACCUAAUAUUAGCUUUUGGUCUUACUUACUAGAUGACUUACUAUUUAAACAGUAAAAUGUCACAAUACAGAUGCAAAUAAUUUAAUACCUUAUAGUUUAUAGAGCAGCUUGUGUAAUCUAACUUUGUUUUACAGUAAAUGCAGAUGCAGAAUUAUAUAUUAAAUGGAAAAAAAUUGGUUCACUUUCCAAAGACUACAUGCCACUAGGUAAACAUCAUCUGCAGUAGCAUGGUGCUUCAGUGUCUCAGGCAAACUAAAGACCCAUCUUACUCAGUACUGAUAGGAAGAACACAUGCUGGUCAGUCCGCCUGACGUUCUGUUUGGACAGGAGCAUGCAUCUGUGUUCCUAUGGGGUAGGGUGCUGGCCUUUUAAUUCCAGUUUGGGUUCAUGGUAAGGCUUUGCGAUUCCUAUUGUGUAGCCAUUAACAGUGCAUCAGUAACAUCAGUAUUAUGUAAGAAGUGUGGUUUGCUGAGAUUAUGGAUGAGGGUGAGUGUGUGGAAACUUCAUAAUACCUAGUGAUGGCUGGGGAGAAAGCACCGCAGCACCUGCUCCUAAUUGGGUACCAUUUUGUCAGGGUUCUACUGUCCAAGGAGUAAAUGCUGAUACUGAACAAGGACAAGCAGUCAGAACUGUUCAAGCUCCAUUAUGCUCCUAUUUAAAGGCUACUCAAGAUGAGGAAAAUCAUAGACUGUUUAACAGCUUACUAAAUUGCUGUUUUUGCCUUAAAAUUAAGUCAGUCCUUGAAAUGUAUCAUGCUGCUGGUACUAAUGUGAAAGUGAACAAAAAGAACAUGUUAUUGUAUGUAAGAUGUAGGAUGAUUUGGAGAAUGUUGCUUAUGACUCCUUGAAUUCUGUUAAAAGUCGGUUGUUGUAUGAAUGGAGUCAGUGGAGAAGGAAGGAAUCUGCAUGUUUGGAAUACUGUGGACUUACCAAGCUAGCCUACCAAAUCCAUCUCCUUUAUGGUAAUAAUGGAUGGGGAGAUUAUUCAGUUUUCUCAACCUAGUGAAACUUCUCACAGAAAACUACAUUCCAAAGCUCUGUACUGGAUAAAUCAAGCUUUCUCGUAGACUCAUGGGAAUGGUUGUGCUGCAUAUUGAAUUGGGUUUUCCAUCCACCAGUGUGAUACGUGCAUUAUGCUGGCUUCUGAAAGGAACACAGGUGAUGUAGACAAAUGGGCAGUCAGCUUAUUUGGAGAGAACAAAACGCAGUGUGCAGUUGUGCUGGUAUUGUGACAUCUCAAGAUAUGUACCUUUCAAUUAAACAUUGGAAUGCAAAUAACUGA